AAAAGGAGAUGGCCUCCAGUGGUGGUAAUUCAUCUCACAGAAGGCUAAGGGAAACUAGGCGUUCCAGUACGAGUGGCCAAAGCUUUUCAGUGAGUUCUAUCUUGAAUAACUUUAUUGCCCUAUUCAUACCUGUGAGAACACCCGAGCUCUUGAGUUACCGUUUUGAUUACUGAGCCUACCACAGCGUCAAACAGCCUCUCAAAGUUCCGGCUCUCCAUCGCACCCUGCGCCAGCUUCCAUAGGAAGCCGUAUACCUGCGCGGAUAGAAAAUUCGACCAAAGAUCGGAAUGUCCUAGCUCCCGCACCAGUUGAGAGUAACACAGGCCACAAUGUCCAGACUGGCGAAAUAGGUCUCAUUUCGCCAAGUAAGCAACAAUUUCUUCAGAUUAUGGAAGGAAAGAAUGCAGAGAUCCAGAACUUGCAAGUGGAACAUGCUCAAACAGUGCAGCAAUUCGUCACGCAUUCCAAGAAUAUCCAGCAAAGGGAUGUAUGCAUUGCGCAACUGGUACAAGAGAACAAAAAUCUCGAAAGGAAUCUCAAUAAAUUGAACGGCGAGUGCAACAGGCUGCAAUCUAUAGCCCUCACUGCACAAGAAGGUGCGCUUCGGGCAAUGGAGCAAGGUGGAUGGGCUGCAAAGGAAGACAGAGUGGUUCGAGAUGAGCUAGUAAAGCUCCAAGAAGGACUACGAUUAUGGGCGAGGAAAUACAGUAGGUCAGCAGUUAAUUCUAACAUGAAAAGUGUGUCGGCGCGUCAGAAAGAUAAGGUUGUCGAAGAACUGAAAGAAUAUUGCGUCCAAACAAACUGGUAUUCAUUGCUGAAGCGAAUGCCAAUAUCCUCGAACAAAGUCCCUCCUAUUUUUGUUCAAGCGCUCCUUACCAAAGACAUCUUCCAAAAUAUUUUUGCUGAUCCGUUUUUCGCCUUCCCUGAGACCUUUGAUGAUCCAGAAUUACCUAAUCGGAAUGAGAUGCGGCUUCUAUAUCAUACUAUGACACGGUUAAACAACGAAGAGGCGCAAACAUGGCGGUCACAGAUAAUACGAGUCCUAUCCGCAUGUCCAUCAGGUGGUAAAGGGCUAUCAAUACCCGAUAGGCUACAGAGGAUGGCUAGUUCCCAUGCUGAAGAGAUAAUCAACGGCUCCGUUCAUAUCUUUCUUCGUGAGCCUGAGAGUGAAACAGAAGUGAUAAAGCGGAAUAUCGACUUAUGCAACCUCUAUCAUCAAGCUGGCGAGCUAGCGUGGUCCUUGUGGGCUCAGCGGACUGUUAUUGUAUCCCAUGGCCAGCAGAGCUUACACGAGUUCAGCUCAUCCUCCUCGCUGAUGGCGGCCCAUCGACUACAUCACCUUGAUGAAGAUGACAAGAGGCUUGACGGCAGGAAGAUCCUUUUGUGCACUCAGCCAGCAGUCUUGGCAUUCGGUAAUGAGCAUGGCGAGCACUAUGACACGAGCAAGGUUUGGGCUAAAGCGAUCGUUUUGAUAGAGGGCGACGCGUAGUCACAAUUCGAAUAUAAUCACAAGGCCCCUUUGAACUCAUGCCCCAACCCUAAAUGAUAAUACCGUAGCCAAUAGAGUCCUUUUUAGACAGGUAGCAAUUUCAGCUACGCUCCUGCCUCGGCUGAACUUGACCUCCAAAUCGUUCAGCAUAGCCUCC